UCGGUUUACUUUCGGUUCUUGAUAACCAACAUAGUGUGAUCAGUCUUCAUUGUAUUUGCUUGAAUUUACUAUAUCAUCAACAGUUUUUUUCAUAGAUAAUGGAGCCAAUGACUUCACCUGAAAUUGCAGACAUUCAGUCAGAGCCCACUGUCUUUCUACCUGCCUCUAUUUAUGUUCCGCCCAUACUGAAAGAGGGUGAGUGUUACCAUGUUUUCAUCAGCUACAGCAGCACUGACUACCAGUGGACCCACUCCGUCAUCAACCAGCUGGAGUCCUGCGGCCUGCAGGUCUGCUACCAUGAGCGGGACUUCAUUCCUGGCCGCACCGUGUUGGAAAAUAUGUCAGACUGCAUCCAGCAGAGCCAGAAGGUGCUGCUGGUUCUCAGCCCAGAGUUUGUGCGGAGCCGCUGGUGCCUCCUGGAGGCCAACAUGUCUUUGUUCAGAGACUGCUUGGAGAGGAAACCCAUUGUCCCAGUUCUGCUGGAGCCAGGAGUCUCUGUUCCUCUCCACCUCUGCCACCUCACCUACCUGGAGGCCAAUGACACCAACUUUGAGAGUAAGCUACUAAAGGUGCUCUGCACCGCCAACCAGCAGCUUCAAGGGUCUACUGUGGUGCCAUACCAGCCUCCCUCUAUCUACAACGGGAAGGCCCUGCAACCUUUGAUUGCCGUCAACGAGGAGGGACUAAAUAAAUGGGAUUGUGGUAAAUUUAGUGACAUGGAGGUGCCGGACCAACUGCGCCUGAUCAUUGAGGACCAUGACAAGUACAGAAAGGCUGUUAGCAUGAUCAAUAGUGUCUCCCAAAAUAAAGUGUGGUUGCGGCAACUUUGGCUUAGAGUACUGAUCUACAUUGCAGGUUUUAUAUUUGGUUUAUCCUUGUUAGCAUGUGCUUUAUUUGCAGCAGCUGUAUUUUCAAGUACAAACAAUCCAUAUAGUAAUUUGAUCACUAGUCCUAGUUUCUUCUUUGUUCCAUUGGGGUUUAUUAUUCAGAUGUGUCUCUGGAAAAAAGAUGAUGAGAAAUACAUAGUGAGGGAAAUGCAGAAAGCUAUUGGCCAGGCAAACAUAAUCCUCUGUGAGGACAAGGUGUUAAUGGGCUGUCGGUCCAAUUCAAAAAUCUUUUUGGUGUAUGUUUCUCUGGACGGGUGCAAACAUGAGUUUGCAGAAACAUUUUCUGAGCGGGGUUGUGCUGAGGAUUUGUUUCAAAAAGCUCUGACUUUCUUCUCAUCAGGUUACGCCUGUUGCCUUGCUAAGAGACACUUUCCCUUUCCCCAGCCUGGCUCCACUGGUCACCUGGAGGGAGGGGUGUGUUUCUGUCAGUACGUCACUCAGCAGCUGAGUACAGAGCAAUGGGAAUAACAUAACUGUGUGGGCCUGCAUCGUUUUUCUUGGAUUCAUUUUUCAAUUACCCCAAGUUUAUGUUUUGUUGUACCUUUGUUGUACGUUUGUGCUGUUCUUUUGACGUAUUGUGAGUAUGAAUGUUAUGGAUGUACGUAUUCCAGGUUAUUUAAUAUUUUGUGGAAUAAUAGACGCC